UGGAGAGGGGCUGCGGCGCGCGCUCUCAUAAAACCCUGCACCGCGCGGGCCUCCAUCGCAGUCAGGUUCAGACCCUCCGGAGCGCAGUCACAGUCACCCCGCAGCGCCGACGACCCGCGAACAGAAAAAAAAAUGGAAGACGAAAUCGCCGCCCUCGUUGUGGACAACGGAUCCGGUAUGUGCAAAGCUGGCUUUGCCGGAGAUGAUGCUCCCCGUGCCGUGUUCCCCUCCAUUGUUGGACGCCCCAGACACCAGGGUGUGAUGGUCGGUAUGGGCCAGAAGGACAGCUACGUCGGUGACGAGGCGCAGAGCAAAAGGGGAAUCCUGACCCUGAAGUAUCCCAUUGAGCACGGUAUCGUCACCAACUGGGAUGACAUGGAGAAGAUCUGGCAUCACACAUUCUACAAUGAGCUGAGAGUUGCCCCCGAGGAGCACCCGGUCCUGCUCACAGAGGCGCCCCUGAACCCCAAGGCCAACAGGGAAAAGAUGACCCAGAUCAUGUUCGAGACCUUCAACACCCCUGCCAUGUAUGUGGCCAUCCAGGCCGUGCUGUCCCUGUACGCCUCUGGCCGUACCACCGGCAUCGUCAUGGACUCCGGUGACGGUGUGACCCACACAGUGCCCAUCUAUGAAGGCUACGCCCUGCCCCACGCCAUCCUCAGGUUGGACCUGGCUGGCCGAGACCUCACAGACUACCUCAUGAAGAUCCUGACCGAGAGGGGUUACAGCUUCACCACCACAGCUGAGCGUGAGAUUGUGCGUGACAUUAAGGAGAAGUUGUGCUACGUUGCACUGGACUUUGAGCAGGAAAUGGGCACCGCUGCCUCCUCUUCAUCCCUGGAGAAGAGCUACGAGCUUCCCGACGGGCAGGUCAUCACCAUUGGCAACGAGCGGUUCCGUUGCCCUGAGGCCCUCUUCCAGCCCUCUUUCCUUGGUAUGGAGUCUUGCGGCAUCCAUGAAACCACCUUCAACAGCAUCAUGAAGUGUGAUGUGGACAUCCGUAAGGACCUGUAUGCCAACACCGUGCUGUCUGGAGGCACCACCAUGUACCCGGGCAUCGCUGACCGUAUGCAGAAGGAAAUCACUGCCCUGGCCCCAACCACCAUGAAGAUCAAGAUCAUCGCUCCCCCAGAGAGGAAGUACUCUGUGUGGAUCGGUGGCUCCAUCCUGGCUUCCCUGUCCACCUUCCAGCAGAUGUGGAUCAGCAAGCAGGAGUAUGAUGAGUCCGGCCCCAGCAUUGUCCACAGGAAGUGCUUCUAAACAGACUUGUCAAGUCCACUCCCCAAAACACACACUGCUACAAACCCAAACGACUGGCUCUGCAUACAUGCCUACACAACACCAACACACUGGUGUAUGCCGAGCCCUCGACACCACUUCCCAUUUCCCCCUCAUCACUAUGGCACCACGGCCCCUGAUGGGGAGAAACUCUGCAGGAAGUACCAGGCGGUGUGAGUGAGGGACAUGAUGUCCAUUGUGGUGUUUGUGUACGUCAUUCCAGAUGUGUUUGUUCACCUUAUUUGCCUCUAUGAAGGUCCUUUUUCUCUGGUGGGUUCACUGCCCAACAGACCUGUAGAAUUGCUUAUGUAAAUUAUGUAAUCUUUUUUUGUUUUUGUACUUUCAGCCUUAAACAAUACUUGGUCCGGUUUGUCAUAAUGCAAAGCUUCUACCUUGUAUGGGGGUGUUGGCAGGAUUGUGCAUGGGGCAUCGAGCCUCUGGUGUACACAACAACCUAAUAAAACGCACAUGUCUGAGAUUCCA